CGUUUGGUGCUGGCCGCUUAUAAAGUCAGUGUUUAAAAAAAAGUGACAUCUUUUUUUCGAAUAGUGUUCUUUAUUCGGAUUUUCGCAGUGACCAGUGUUGUGGUUUGCAGUUGGUUUGCGGUUUUUAAAUACAAUACCGGCAUUUAUUUUGAACAAGAUGGCGCGCUGGUGCGCUGUGGCGGUGCUUCUCGCGCUGACAAUCUGCGCGUGCGCAGCGGAAUCACGGUUCCCGGAGGCCUCAUCAGCUCAGCAGCAGGCGGACGCAGAUGAAAUGGUGGCGAACCUGCUACGUUGGAUUCAGGGGGUCUACCAGCAGAGGAAUAGGAAAGCUCGUCAGUAUUUUGGAGGGAAACCAGAAAAACCAAGACCGUUCGAGCCUGCGUCCUAUCUACCACCAACUGGGUAUCCACCAUCAGGGUCAAGACCCACACCUUCAUACAGUGAAGGUCCGUCACCCUCGUCUCCGUCUUACCAGCCCAGUCAGCCAUCUCCCACUCCUAGCCAGCCGUAUCUCCCACCUAGUCAACCAGAGCAGCCAUAUUCACCCAGUCAGCCUUCUUUCACACCAAGUCAACCUUCUUUCACACCAAGUCAACCAGAUUACCAACCCAGUCAACCUGGAUACCAACCGAGUCAGCCCUCAGAGCCCAGUUAUCAACCUAGCCAGCCUACUUCCCCGUCAUAUCAACCUAGUCAACCAUCGCCAAGUGAUGAGACCCCUUCUUAUGUACCACAACCACCAGAAAAGCCUAUUAUACCAGAAAGCUCCCCGUCGCCUGUGCCUGAUGACGAUGAUGACGACCGUCACCCUCCUCAUAUCCACGCGAUCACUGUGGACUGUGGCAAGGAAAUGAUGACCAUCAACAUCGAGUUUAACAAACCUUACAACGGUCUCAUUUAUUCCCAAGACCAUUUCAAUGAACCUGCAUGUGUCUACGUCCGCGAAAACUCUAAUCAAGUAAAAUUCUCAUUCACCGUUAGCCUAAACACUUGUGGAACCAGAUUCUUCAGUGAUUUCGAAAACGAAGGUCAAGCGUACUUGGAAAAUGUCCUCGUUCUGCAGAAUGAACCAGGCAUUCAAGAAGUGUGGGACCAUAUCCGUAGAGUGAGAUGUUUGUGGGAAGGAAACCUGACUAAGCAGCUGGUGUCUUCCCUCAGCGUAGGAAUGUUGAAUCAGAUUACAAGCAACUUUAGUGGAGACACUGCUAUGGCGCGACUGGACAUCCAAAUCGGAAAGGGACCGUUCGCUCCUGAAGCAAACGGCUUGGUUAAGAUUGGAGAAACCAUGACUUUAGUUGUAACAGUCACAGGCGAUCCUGGCUUCGACAUCUUCGUCAGAGAAUGUGUAGCUCGUGACUCUCAGAGCAAUCACGUCGUUCCGUUGACUGAUAGCAACGGCUGCGUCCUGAAACCUAAACUCUUCGGCGCCUUCCAGAAGACCAGAGAAACAGGGAAUACUGGAGCAUCUAUCAUAGCAUUUGCGUACUUCAACGCGUUCAAAUUCCCCGACGAGAUGGACCUGGUCAUCCAAUGCGACGUGGAGCUGUGCAAGACUGACUGCGAUGCCUGCCCCAACCCUGGAAGCUUAGAGCCUAGAAGAAGAAGACGCGAUCUGAUCCAUAUAGGGAACAGAACUGUUGAGCCUUCGACGACUAUUAGCAAAGGGUUGAGGGUGGUGUUGUCUGAGGAUCUGCCUCCAGAACCAGCAGGUUUCUGUGUGUCACCAUCGGCAGCUUUGUGGGGAAGCGUUCUAGUCUUCCUCGGGUCUCUGCUGACCAGCGUUAGUGUGUCGUUCUGCUGGAUGAGAUCGCAAGGAUCCGUCAAGUUUGCGUAAGCAAUUUGAUUGUGAUGAAAGUGUGAAUGUGUUAGUAUGGACAAUAAGAUACGCGUCGAGAAGAUAUCUAGGCUGAUGAUUUGUUUUCUCAAAUGCGGUCACUAGCUCAUCGAUGUAUUGAAUGUAUGUCUUGAUUCGAAUGUCACAAUUGAUAUUAAAUUGAUUUUGGACCUUCUAAAGAACUAACUGCAUCUUUAUGUAGUUAUAUGUAAUGGGUACGAUUGUACAAUAUACGAGUACCUUAAGCUAGAGUAUAUUAAGCUGGUGACAGUAGAAGCACAAGGAGAAUCUCUAUUUGAUAAAAUAUUGUGCUUAAAAUACUGGUUUUGAUGAUUGAUUGCUAGAAAAAAAUGUGAUAAUGUUACUACCUACAAUGUAAACAUUCUCAUAGGUAAUAUUAAAACCUAUUUAUGAAUGUUAAUACAAACUAAUAAAUAGUGUGAAUGAACAACGAAUUAACAUGGUAUAAAAAUAUACUAUCUGUAAUUUUUGUAGAUAAAACCUAAAAUACUAAUUGCAAACAAAAAUAAUUUAUAUCCUAAGUAUUUCUACCAUUAGACUAACGAUCAACUUAGUUGUAAAGUAUUUAAAUGUUUAAUAUAGAGCAGGAUAGUGUUUUUAACAUUCAUUUAGAGAUUUAUAUAAAUUCUGCUAUUAAUGAAAUAUUUUCUGUAAAUAUUAGGUAAGUUCGACUUAUUGUUAAUUAAUAAACGGUUGU